UUGCGAAGUUAUGUUUAAACAAUUGCAGUACAAAUUGUAUAGGCACAUUGGCACAUUUUAAUAUAAAGCCUCUCAGCCUUUUAAUUGCAUUUUAAAUAUUGCCGAAUGUUAACAUUUUCGAAAAUGUUAAAUUUCAAAUUCUGUUAUUGUUAGCUGUUAUGCCUCCUACCCAUCCGUCAAGUUAAAGGGAACGAAAACAUGUCUUAAAAUAUGUAAGGAAAACGCGAAAACAUAAUUUGAAGAAAUGAAAAGCAUGAAACAACAAAAGAAGUCAGUUAACGGCCACAAGGAAACCAAUUCAGUUUUUACAGUAAUAUUUUGUUUCUAUCGCUAAACCAAAUCGGGCUCAUCUUUAAGGGGACCUCAUCUAAAAUGGCCCUCAAUUUGGGAGGCUGGAUACACAGUUUUACAGUGACCGACACGCAACAGCACAAAGGAGGCUACACUAUUUACAAGAUUACAUCGAUUGUCUUUCCCCGCUCGGUGCCGCAGGCAUUGACCUGCCUGGUUGUAUGGAAACGGUUUCAUGAGAUCAAGCGGCUCCACAGGGAGCUCAGUCGCCGGCACAAGAGCAUGCAGCUGCCGGGCAAGUUGCCGGAGCCAACCGACAGCAGCUACUUCAAGCGUUUCGAUGCGGAUGUGAUACAACGACGCAAGGACUAUAUACUAUUACUGCUGGACUUUGCUGCGCAGCAUCCAGCGCUGUACAAGUGCAACACUUUCACGCAGUUCUUUAGCGAAGCGCAAUCGCCAAAUGCAUCGCCGCUGCGCAAAUUGUAUGUGGAGCGCUCGCUCAAGUUGCCGGGCAGCGGGGCCAUAGCUGAAAUACGCGAUAAACUCGAUUUGAACUACGAUCCGCAAGACACAUUGCCAAGCGCAGAUAGCGAGGCAAAUCAGCAGCCGCAGCAUGAUACGAGCAUUGAGGCAAAGGAGAAACCGUCUAAGCGCGACUACACACGCCUACUCACGCCCAUGGCUUCCGUGGAGAGCGAGGAUAGCGAUUACAUCUAUGAGGCCGCCUUGGAGUUCAGUCAUGCCGUGCAGUCGGAAGUUAAUCUGGAGUAUGAAGACGCCCAUAAGCGUUACAAGCGGGGCGUGGAGCUGUUGCUCGUGGGCGCCAAGCAUGAUGCCAACGAGGAUCGCAAGUUUAUAGCCAAGGCCAAGAUAGCCAAGUAUUUGGCGCGAGCCGAUGAUAUCUAUGCUAACUUCUUGAGCUCCGACGCCGUCUGUAACAGACAUGGUAAAAGAAAACUGCAGUUUCAGCUCUCGCUGGACGAGACGGACAACGUGUCGCAGCUGGAAUGUCCCUGGAAUCAGUUGGCCAAGUACAAGGUGCUGCAAGUGCUGGGCGAACGUGUCAUGCAGGUGCAGUGCAUCACACAGCCGCUGUCGCAGCCCGCGGCUGUCAUGAAGGGCAUCGAGAAGCCAGCGAGCAAUUCGCCAACCCAAAGCAUCUUUUUGCCACAGCGUGUACCUUAUAUGUGCCAACUGCUGGCCUACUUUCAGUCGGACCAGAAGAUUUUCCUGUUGCUCAAGCAGGCGGAGGGCGGCCGUCUCUUUGACUAUAUACAAUGCUACACGCCCACCGCCAGCAAGUGCGGCGACUUGGCCGAUCUAUUCCCAGCGGAGCAGCCCCUCACGACGGACAGCGAUGUCACCGACUUGCUGCGCAAUUCACAGCAGCUGCUCAGGUCCGUCUCGCAUACGCUGAGCACCUUGCAGGCGGGCACGCUCACACCCCGGCGACUGAAUACCGGAGCCAAGCGUCUGCCCGAGGUGUGCCUGCGUCAGUGGGCAUGCGAGCUGGCCGUGGCUGUGCACAGUCUGCACGGCAAGGGUGUUAUAUUGCGCGAUCUGCACAUGGAGAACAUUUUGCUCGGGAAUUCGGGUCAAUUAAUGCUUACGUAUUUCUAUCAGAACGAGGGCCUCAGCUCCGAUGACAACUACGUGCACAAGGCGCUAAGUUUGGCAGCACUCAACGAUCAUUUUGUGGCGCCGGAGCGACCUCUAACAUUUCGCUCAGAUUGGUGGAGCUAUGGCAUGGUGCUCUACCAGCUGCUCCUGGGUGUGUCCUACAAGUCGAUGCAUCCUGGCCAGCUGGAGCUCUAUGGCUGUGUGCAAUAUCCAUCGGAUGCGCUGGACAUUUCGGAUAAUGCCCGGGAUUUGCUGGAGCAACUGCUUCAACUGUCCCCGGAGCUGCGCCUGGACUACGAGCAACUGCAGGCGCAUCCGUUUUUUGAGGGCAUCGAUUGGCAGAAAGUUCGGGAGCAAGGCAAAACUUAAUCCUAGAUUAAAGUUAGUCAAUUCAAGAGGGCUUUAAUAAUCUUGUUAAAAGUCUGAUAUGAAAUGUGAAACACAAAAGAACGUACGUUCCACAUAAUUAUCCAAAAAGAAGAGUCUCAAAAUAUUAUUUGUUUUUUUGUUUGUUUUGUUUUCUGUUGAUUGUUUCGUUUUCACUUGUUUGGUACAAAAUAUGUUACUUUAUUCAUUAAUAUAAUUGUAUUAUUAAUAUCUCUAUGUAUAUAUACAUUGCAAAUUGUAAGUGUAUUUAAUUCUAGGAAAAAGAGCUAUACUUAUAUUUAUGAAAACUUGAAGCAGCUAAAAACUCGAAAUUACAAAAGUAUGAUGCAUACACGCAUAAGUAUUAACAUUUUUUUUUUUUUUUGUAAAGACCAUAAGCUAAUUAUACAAACAUACAAACACUUUAUUGUCUAACUACACAACAGUUUUUGAUAUACAUCAAUUUAUACAUACAACUAGGCGAUUAAUUAUUGGGCCAGAGUUGAGACAAAACCCAAUUGGAGUUUGCCUCAUGCUGCUGGUCGCUGCUAGUAAGGCACAUUUGGAAUGCAUUCCGUACGUGUUGGCCAAUGUAAAUAGCCAACAGUUUGUUUUUUUUGGUGGAAACUAAGACUAAUAAAGUAGCAUUAAGUUGUGGCAAGACUUGUCGAUUUUGUUGUUGUCGAUCAACUAAACUACGCUUAAAUGUAACAAGGAACCAAUGCCAACAACACUGGCUGUGAUCCACAUUUUCUAUAUAUUUGGCAUUUUCUAGCACUGUUUGACUGUUUGAAAUGCUGCACACGCACGCAAAAAAAAAA